AUGGUGGGUGUCUGGUUCUUCCUUGCUGGUGGUUUGCUCACUUCCUGCAGUCCAGCUGCCAUGGCCUCUGCUAUGCCUGACAAGGAGGAGGUUGUCCAGAGCCCCCCAGAGACAGAGGAGGAGGAGGUAGUGAAGGAGUUGGCCAAUCUGAGCCUGGUGAGCUCUGCCUGUGAUGUGGUUUCUGCUGCUUAUGCCUCCACCAAGGAGAGCCACCCCUACCUGAGGUCUGUGUGUGAUGCUGCAGAGAAAGGAGUGCAGAGUGUGACCGAGGCCACGGCCAGCUGUGUGCAGCCAGUGCUAGCCACCCUGGAGCCCCAUGUUGCUGCAGCGAGUGAGUAUGCUUCCAAGGGUUUGGAGAAACUGAGGGAGAAGCUGCCAGUCUUUCAAAAGCCAGUGGAACAGAUUCUCUCUGACACAAAGGAGCUGAUGUCAUCCAGAGUGGCUGAUGUGAAGGAUGCUGUGAGCAGCAAAGUGCUGGAGGUGAUGGAUGUUACCAAGGAGGCUCUGCAGAGCAGCAUGGGGGAUGCCAGACCCACGGUGCCCAGCACUGCUGGGGUGGUUCUGGAGCCUGGAGUGGGACACACAGGUGUCUGUGGAGCAGAGGCUGUGCUGGGGAGAGCAGAAGGUGGCUCUCUCCCUAUUGGAAAUGAUGAACUAGCCCAGCUGGCAGUGUGUGAGGAGGGCACAGACAUGGCACCCCUGGAGCAGCAGCGGGAGCAGAGGAGGUACUUUGUGCGCCUGGGCUCUCUCUCGGAGGAGCUUCGCCUCUUUGCCCACCUGCACUCCACAGCCAGGAUGAAGCAGGCCUGGCAGGGCAUGCAGGGGGCCCUGGCACAGCUCCACUGCAUCAUCGAGCUGAUUGAGGCGUUUAAGCAAGGAUUUGAUCAAAAGCUUCAGGAGGGGCAGGAGAAACUACACCAGAUGUGGCUGGACUGGAGUAGGAAGUACCUCAAAGAGAGUGGAGAUGAAAGCCCUACAAAGCCAGAGGAGAUGGAGUCUCUGACCCUGCUCAUGGCAUGCAGGAUCACCCAGCAGCUGCACCUCACCUGCUGUGGGGUGGUGGCUGCCAUCCAGGGCCUUCCCUGCAGCCUGCAGGACAAGGUGAAACAGGCUCUCAGUGCCAUCCAGGAGCUGCGUGCCGCUUUCUCAGCGGCAAAAUCCUUCCAGGAUUUGUCCAGCAGUGUCUUGAGCCAGAGGAAGCUGGCUGUGAUCCAGGAGUACAUGGAGGAGCUGCUGGAUUACCUGAAGCACAACACUCCUCUGUCCUGGCUGGUGGGACCCUUCUCCCCCAGGGAGGAGGAGGAGGAGGAGGAACCCUGCCAGGAGGAUCGAUCCUCCCAGAAGGAGGCAGAGGCAGCAGGAGCUGGGCAUCUGGAAACCUCCAGCACCCCCAUGUAA